CGCCUUCGGUUUUGCUGCCCUUUGUAACCUGAUCUCCUGCAUGCUACAUAUAGUAAUCACUGGACAUUUCAUGAUUAUAGCUAUCAGAGAGUUUUCUAUAACUCCACAGACUUACAGUCAGAUGAUGUGGAUUAUGAUGCAUAUAUUCAGACUACUUUUGGUAGUGGAAGCUUGUCACAAGGCGACCGUAGAGUCAAAGAAAACCAUACAGAUCGUUAGCGAAAUCAAGCGCAAAACUGUAGAGCAAUCGUUAGCAGCUGAGUUUCAAAAAUUUUGGAAAUACUUACAUACUUACGAAGUAAGAUUUUCGGUAUUGGGGAUCUGUGAUAUCAACAGAACGAUAUUGACAACGUUCAGCUCAGGAAUUGUUACAUAUCUCUUUAUUGUUUUACAAUUCGAAAAUACCUUAUAUCUUUGAAGUCAAUUCAAAAAUAUUGCAAAAAACGUUGAAAUAUAAUAAUAUA